AUGGCGGCGUUCAAUCCUGACCAGACUUCCCCCGCUCGCGCCUCUGAAGAGAGAGCGUCGUCGGUUUCGGCAAGCGAGGACGAGAAUGACAACGAUACCGUAAGCGGGACUCCGGCCGAUGGCAAAGCGAGCAAGAAACGCAAAAGAUCGCUGAAAAUAUCUUGUGAGCUCUGUAAAACCAGAAAGGUCAAAUGCGACCGUGUCGAGCCGGCAUGUGGCUGGUGUGCACGCAACAAUCGAGUAUGUGUCUACAAAGAAAGGCAAAAGCCCGGUCUGCGUGUUGGCUAUGGUCGCGAGCUCGAGGAGAAAAUUCACCGCCUCGAAGCUCUGCUCCAGCACAUGGGACGGCGGCUUGAAGAACACAUUACCGAGCAUGGCGAUCUGUCUCAAAAUCGACCUGGUUCAGUGCGCAUGACCUCCCAGCCAAUACAAUAUCCAGCAGGCGCACCAAAUGAGCCUCGUCCGUCGAAUGCCAGCAUAGUAUCUCAAGAUACUCCCGGUUCUGAUCCACGGUGGGCUCCUUCGAACGCCUAUGAACGGAUGCAAUACCCUCGACCACAGGAUGCCAUGUCCAUUCGCUCGGUUGUUGACCCGGGGAUGCAGGACAGCGUAUCUCAAAGCGAUCGUGCCGCUUCGACGUCCUGGUUCCCAACAUCCACGCCGGCAGCGUCAGCAUCAGAAUCCGAGCUUCCCCCGUAUGAUCUGUUGUAUACCUUGGUAGACUUGUACUUCAAACACGUUAAUCCUUGGUCGCCCAUUCUCGACCGCAAGAACACAUUUGACGCAUUCUUUGGUUCGCAGUCGAUGGAUGAAUCUGACCGAGUACUCGAACACGCCGUCGUCGCCACAAGUCUACGGUUUUCGAAGGACCCACGCCUUACAGCCGAAUCACGAUCACAGUUUUAUGAAAUCUCACGCCAGAAGAUCAUGCUAUAUGCUCUGGAUCACCCGAACGUGAGAGCUUUGCAAGCAUUGAUCAUCCUUGCUGUUGACGUUCUCGGAACCUCAAACGGCCAACAGGGCUGGAACCUUUUGGCCUUGAUAACUCGGAACAUUGCGCAGCUCGGCUUGGACGAAGAAAAAAGCGCGUACCUGGAGUCGACGACGUAUCCUUCUGCGACACUCCUGCAAGCCUCCAAGCCAAAAAACUGGAUCGAGAGCGAGGAACGUCGGCGCUUGUGCUGGAUGGCGUUUGUGCUUGAUAGGUACGCCACUGUCGCCACUGAAGAUGCGUUCACACUUGAUGAAAGGGAGAUGGAUCGAUGCCUGCCCUGCCGUUAUGACCUCUUUUCGCGUAACGAGCCAGUGGAGACACGAUGGUACAGACGAGGAGCAGUAGGAGAGAUGCUGGUCAACAGACCCGAGAACUUAGGCAGCUUCUCAUACCAUUGCGAGGUCUUGGGGAUUCUUAGCCGCAUUCACCGCUUCCUGCACCAGCCACUUGAUAUCACGAGGCAUUCCGACAUUCAACGAUGGCGCGAGACAUAUCGGGCGCUUGAUGGCGAGCUGAACAACUGGCUCCAAAAUCUGCCCGGUGAAUAUGGAAAAAUCUCUCAACUAUGUCAUUCGGAUCCCGGGAGUCGGAUCUCGAACUGGAUCAUGCUUCAUGCAGCAUUCGUCACGUCAGUUAUUCGCCUCCAUUCAUCUGCGGCAUAUCCGACAGUCAAGUCCCCAGUUUUCACGCCAUCUUACCAUGCCAUACAACGAUGCCUUGGAGCGGUGGAGAGCUUGAGAGAGAUUGCGCAAGACGUCCUCAACACCGGCAUGCUCGCCCUUCUAGGGCACCCCUUUGCCUUUGCAUUGUGGGUUUCGGCUCGACUCUUGCUUGUUCAUGCAGCUACCAUGGAAUGUGAAGUUGAUGCCAAGAUCGGGUUCUUCAUUUCUACACUCGAUCAAAUGGGCCAGCAUUGGCAGGUGGCACGAGACUAUGCAAGAAUAUUGAAUGACGUGCUGCAAGAAGGCAGUAGUGGCGCAGGCAGGACAUUCACGGCAAUGAGAAGGACUGCUUAUGAGCUCAACCUUUUGAUCUUACAACGGCCGCGUUCUGUCUUGGAUGCGCCCACGACACAUAACGCGUCACAAAACGAGAUGGAAUAUCUCGAAAUAUUCGACUUCUUCAACUAUCCACGACUAAAUACGAUUACUGGGAAUGGUUUCGAUCCCUCUGGAAUGAUAUCUCCGAUUGGAAACAAUGCGGGGGCACAACCCCAGCAACUGUCAUAUCGAGCUACACCGGCUUUUGUCAUCCCAAAUCCGGAAUCCGACUGGCUCAUUUUCAAGCCACCAUACGAAUGA